CAUAUUGGAUUUCAGGAAGUUUGCACCCAAUAAAUACUCUACGCAGUGCUUUACUGACACCAGAAAAGCUCAACUCACUGUAGUUGUACAGGAAAAGCAAAACUUAAAAAUGCCUAAAAACCUCCUGAAAAAUCCACAUGGUGAUGAGGAUUUUAGUAACUGGGAGUUGACGAAGAACGGUGGAGACAAAUGGUGUAUUGAACAGGUGCCAGAUGAUGCAGUGGCUUCAUACUUCCGCACCUCAUUUCAGCCGUGUCUAAAAAAACAAGUGAUCAUUCUGCUGCAAAGCGGUUAUGAUGCUGAUUAUUUAGAUUCUGCGCCUGAAGUGACUGUGAGGGACUGGUACAGCACUCAUAGUGCAUGUGGGGGUGUUUAUAGGCUUAUUGUGUCACUGCUCAAUGAAAAUCGAGAGGUCAUUGCUACAUUUAAGCCGACUGAUGUGACUCUGCCCGAUGGUUCCACUUGGACACAGGUGACACACAAGUUUACAAGUUACGGUCCUGGUCUGCGCUUCAUCUCUUUUGAACAUGGUGGUCAAGACAAUAAAAACUGGAAAGGCUGCUAUGGAAUAAGAGUCACUGGAAGUUCUGUCACCAUACUCCCAAAACCCUAAUAUGUGAUUCAAUAAUGUUACUGAUUGGGCAGCACUUUGCUUUUAACCAUACUAUAACUACAAAUAAUAUUAAAGUAACAUUACAAAAUCUACACGGCUAAACCUUGCUGAAAAAGCAAAGCCUUUGCUUACUUUCUAAGAUUUAAAUGCAUAUUCAUAAAUUUAUCUUUGAAUGAAAAUUAUACAUGUGGGGAAUUAAUUGAAAUUAUUUUCUGCUGUCAGCUUAAUAAAGUCUCCCUCUGGUUAAAA